CCGGAAGGAACGGCUGGACCAACAUGGCUGCAGCUGAGGGCCCCGGAAGUGCUGCUAACGCCGGUCGUAGCUGCAGCAUUGAGACCACGGAGCGGGUUCUACCCAUGUUGUUGGUGCCCAUCCCCACGGAGGCAACGGGACGGCUGGGACCCCGGGCACAGCUGCACAGAGAGCACGAGGUUCUGGGGAGCCUGGCGGCAGCGGGCAACCUCCAAGUGCUUUCCCUGGCGCCGGGCGCCCGGGGCGGGGCUGGCUGCAGCAUCGAGGGCCCCUUCCGGCAAUUUGUAUGGGAGAAUUCUUCUAACAGCAGCACACUAACAGAUAAGCCCAAAUUGCUAACUCUGAAUAAAAAGAAUGAAGUGUUCAUCUAUGAAUUUAAUUUGAAAGAUGGAAGAUGUGAUGCAACCAUUUUGUAUAGCUACAAUGGGGAGACAAUACAAAAGCUCAUUAAAAAUCAAAGUAUCAGUAUUUCCAUAUCAUCUUUGAGAAUUUUGUCAUUUCACAAUAACACAUCAUUAUUGUUCAUCAACGACUGUAUCGUCCUGCACAUUCUGUUUCCUGAAAGAGAUGCUGAGAUGAGAGUACUCAACUGUUUCACACUAUCCUGGCCCACAGAGGCAGUGGGUGGGAUUAUUGACACGCAGCUGUGCCGAGGAAUGCUUUUUAUUUUGAAUAGUUUCAGCUGGAUCUAUAUUUUUGAUACUAUGAAUGGUACGUGUGUAGCUCAUGUGGAUUUAGCACUUCUCCAAGAAGAGAUGUGUAGUGAGCAGCAACAGGAGCCAGUCAAGAUGUCUUCGUGUACUUCACUGAAAGUAUCUCAAGACCUAGAUGUUGUGAUCGUCAGCUCCUCCAACUCUGCGAUUGCUCUUAACUUAAAUUCGUACUUCAGGCAACAUCCUGGACACCUACUAUGUGAAAGAAAGCUAGAAGACCUUCCUAUUCAAGGACCUAAAGGAAUAGAUGAAGAUGAUCCUGUUAACUCUGCCUACAACAUGAAACUGACCAAGUUUUCCUUCCAGACCGAUAGGUCAUGGAAAGCUCAGCUAUCUUCAUUGAAGAAAACAAUAAAGAACCCCAAACUUGAGGUAACCCAUUGUGCUCCAUGGUUCCAGGAUCUUUUACAUUUGGACUCUGCUGAAUCUGGUAAUCACAGUAUCCAUGUGCCAAAUUGGGCCUUCAUUCCACAGGACACAUGUAGACAGUAUACUUUUCCACAGAAGGAUAGUCAUUCUAAGACCAGUGAUCCAGGAAGGCCCUGGAAGGUAAUGCAUAUCAAUGAACAAGAGGAGCCUAUGGUGCUUGAAUGUUUGUCUGUGUCAGGAUUUACGGCACUGUUUACUCAGACAGCAGAAAGGACUGGCUGCAGCAUUGUCCUCUGGGAUUUGGAGACCCAGGGCAUGCAGUGUUUUCCCAUUGGCAAAAACUGUAUUCCUGUGGAGAGCCAUGGAGACCCCCAACUGUGCCUUGUUUUGACAGAAAACGGACUCUCUCUGAUUUUGUUUGGUUUGACUCAAGAGGAAUUUUUAAACAGACUGAUGAUCCACGGAAGUGCCAGCACUGUGGACUCUCUGUGUCAUCUCAAUGCUUGGGGGAGGUGCUCAAUUCCCAUACAUGCACUGGAGGCUGGGAUACAAAAUCGUCAGCUAGACACAGUAGAUUUCUUUCUGAAGAGCAAAGAAAAUCUUUUGACUCCAUCCUCAAAUUCUUCUGUGAUUGAUCAGUUUGAUCGCUUUCCAUCUGAUUUAUAUUUAAGAAAUGUAGAAGAACUGAUACCAGCAUUGGAUUUACUUUGCUCAGCAAUUAGAGAAAGUGAUUCUGAGACCCAAAGCAAACACUUUUCUGAACAAUUGCUUAACCUUACAUUGUCUUUCCUUAACAAACAAAUAAAAGAGCUUUUUGUUCACACUGAAGAACUAGAUGAGCAUCUGCAAAAAGGAGUGAACAUUUUGACCAGCUACAUUAAUGAGCUUCGAACCUUCAUGAUGAAGUUUCCUUGGAAGCAAACAGAAGCUUUGGAUGAAUGUGAUAUAAAUGAAAAUGUUCCCAAAAUAAAGGAGAGCAGUAUAUGGGAGAAACUCAGCUUUAAGGAAGUUAUUGCCAGUGCCAUUUUAAACAACAAAAUACCAGAAGCACAAAUGUUCUUCAGGAUUAACAAUCAUUCUGCUCAAAGUCUUGAGGAGCUGAUUAAAAUAGGCCUAGAUUUGGUCUUUGACAAUUUGAAAAAAAACAAUAUAAAGGAAGCCUCUGAACUUUUGAAGAAUAUGGGUUUUGAUGUAAAAGGCCAACUGCUCAAGAUAUGCUUCUAUACAAAUGAUAAAAAUAUACGGGACUUCUUGGUUGAAAUUUUGAAAGAAAAAAAUUAUCUUUCUGAAAAUGAAAAAAGAACAAUAUACUUUGUGCAUCAAGUGGAGAAGUGUUAUUCGGGACAGUCCCAAGAAAAUACACAGAUCCAGUCCUUUCCCAGGUACUGGCUAAAGGGACAAGAUUUUUCCAAGCACAAAUCUGUUUUGGACUCAGUCCUGAAAUAUCAUAAAGAUGAAUUUAACAAACAGGACCAUAGAAUUGUGUUAAACUGGGCUCAGUGGUGGGAUCAACGAGCACAAGAGUCCAUCCUUCUUCCCAGGAUAAGUACAGAAGACUACAAAUCUUAUUCUUCUGAAGCACUUUGGAGUUACCUCACAGCUCGCCAUGAUUGGUUAAGCAUUAACUUGUGGAUCAGAGAAUUUCAGACCCAGGAUAGUUAUGCUUCUCUUCAGCAGAACAAAUGGCCUCCUCUGACUGUUAAUGUUAUUGAUCAGAAUACUUGCUGCAACAACUACAUGAGGAAUGAAAUUUUAGAUAAGCUGGCCAGGAGUGGAAUUUUCCUUGCAUCUGAGUUGGAAGACUUUGAACUUUUCCUCCUUAGGCUGAGCCGUAUUGGGGGUGUGAUUCAAGAUACCCUCCCUGUUCAAAACUACAGGACCAAGGAAGGUUGGGAUUUCCAUUCUCACUUCAUUGUUUAUUGUUUGGAACACAGUCUACAGCAUCUUCUUUAUGUCUACCUCGACUUUUACAAACUUAGUCCUCCAAAUUGUCCCUUUUUGGAAAAAAAAGAGUUGCAUGAAGCUCAUCCCUGGUUUGAAUUUUUAGUUCAGUGCCGACAAGUUUCCAGUAACUUAACAGAUCCCAAGCUGAUCUUCCAGGCUAGCCUUGCAAAUGCUCAGAUACUGAUCCCUAGCAAUCAGGCCAGUGUAAGCAGCAUGCUGUUGGAAGGACACACCCUCCUGGCUCUGGCUACUACAAUGUAUGCUCCCGGGGGUGUAAGCCAGGUUGUUCAGAAUGAAGAAAAUGAGAACUGUUUGAAGAAAGUGGAUCCCCAGCUACUGAAGAUGGCAUUAACUCCUUACCCCAAGUUAAAAACCGCGCUCUUCCCACAGUAUACUACCUUUAAUAUCCUUCCACACGAUAUUACACUUUACCAGCUUAUUCAGUCAUUAAUGCCCUUUGAUCCCAGCCGAUUGUUUGGCUGGCAGUCUACCAACAUCCUAGCUGUAGGAGAUACAUCAAGUGAUCUCCCACAUUUCUCUAGACCUGACCUGGUUAAUAAAUAUGCUAUAGUGGAAUGUCUGAAUUUUGCUUAUUACUUACAUCAUGGACGACCAUCAUUUGCAUUUGGUACUUUUCUAGUCCAGGAGUUAAUCAAGAGCAAAACUCCCAAACAGCUGAUUCAGCAAGUAGGCAAUGAAGCCUAUGCUUUAGGGCUCUCUUCCUUCCACAUACCUUCAAUAGCAGCUGCCUGUGUUUGUUUCUUAGAAUUGCUUGGGCUUGACAGCCUCAAGCUCAGAGUUGAUAUGAAAGUGGCCAACAGAAUUUUGAGCUACAUGUGUAGAAAUGAGGACGCUCAGGAGCACCUCAUCAGAGAGUGUCUAGUUGAAAAACUAUUUAAAUUGGUUGAUGGUGAAAAGGCAACCACAGAAGAAUUGCUUGUUCUAGUAGAAGAAAGUACAUGGAACAGUAUCCAGCAACAGGAAAUAGAGAGGUUAUCCAGUGAGUGUAGCAGCCAAUGGGCAUUAGUGGUACAGUUCUGCAGGCUCCACAAUGUGAAACUGAGCACAUCUUACCUUGCAGAAUGUGCCAAAGCAAAUGAUUGGUUGCAGUUCAUUAUUCACAGCCAGCUUCAUAACUACCAUCCAGAGGAGGUGAAACCACUUCUGCAGUAUUUCAGCCCAGUCCUUGAAGACCACUUAAGCCUGGCUUUUGAGAACUUGCCCUCAUUGUCCAACUCCAGAAUGGAUAAUGAUCAGGUCUGCAGCAAAUCUACCCAGGAGCUCCAGAAAAACAAAGAACACAUGACUGAUUUCUUUGGCAUUUUCCUCCAGUGCUCAGAGGAGCCAAAUUCCUGGCGCUGUCUCUUGGCUGAAGCACUGAAACAACAGGCCCCUAUCCUGAGUGUCCUGGCCUCCUGUCUCCAGGAUGCCAGUGCUAUUUCUUGCCUUUGUGUUUGGAUCGUCACGUCUGUGGAGGACAGUGUUGCUGUUGAAGCAAUGGGACACAUUCAGGGCUCCUUAGAGGGCCAUACCUGGGACCUUGAGGACCUCUCAGCCAUCUGGAGAACACUCUUAACAAGGCAGAAGAGCAAAACUCUGGUCCGAGGUUUCCAGCUUUUCUUUAAGGACUCCCCAUUAUUGUUGAUGAUGGAGAUGUAUGAACUGUGUAUGUUCUUCAAGAAUUAUAAGGAAGCCAAAACCAAACUUUUGGAGUUCCAGAAGAGCCUUGAAACUCUUGAAGCAGCAGCCACAAGGGUCCAUCCUGUCAGCUCUGUCCCAUGGCUGACAGAGCAGGUGUGUUUUCUUUUGAAGCUUAUGCUGCAGCAAUGUGGGACCCAGUAUGAGCUGGAGAAGCUUCUCCAGCUGUUUGUUGGAAUCGAGCAGCUCUUCUCUGAUGGUCCAGAUGUGAAGAAGCUGUGUGCCCUCAGCCAAAUGUUGAAGGAUACAUCCAUAGCCAUUAAUCACACCAUUAUUACCAGCUAUAGCACGGAGAAUUUUCAGCAUGAAUGUACAUCCAUUUUGGAAAGACUGCAGACAGAUGGACAGUUUGCUUUGGCCAGGAGUGUAGCAGAAUUAGCUGAAUUACCUGUGGACAGCUUGGUUAUUGAAGAGAUAACUCAGGAAAUGCAGAUCCUAAAACACAUUGAACAGUGGUCCCUAAAACAAGCAAGAAUUGACUUCUGGAAAAAAUGCCAUGAGAAUUUUAAGAAAAAUUCUAUUUCGAGCAAAUCAGCUUCAUCCUUUUUCUCGUCCCAGGCCCUUGUGGCUUGUGCACCCCCAACUGAGGAGCAGCGGAGUAGCGUUGAGGAGCGCCAUCUGCUGCUCACCCUGGCAGGGCACUGGCUUGCCCAAGAGGAUCCAGUGCCUGUGGCUGAGUUGGAAGAACUAGAGAAGCAGAUCUGGCUCUGCCGCCUCACCCAGCACAUCCUGGGAGGAAGCCAGGAGGAAAUAGACCCCAGAUCUUCUCAACAGAUCUCAACUAGUGGCAAACUUUCCUUUCAUAGCUUAGCCAGUGAGUUUUCCUUCUCCAAGUUGGCUGCUCUGAAUACAUCAAAAUACUUAGAACUUAACAGUCUUCCAUCCAAAGAUUUAAGUGAGAAUAGACUGGAUUGGAAGGAGAAGGAAUCACUAAACUUUUUGAUUGGGCGCCUAUUGGAUGAUGGCUGCGUGCAUGAAGCCAGUAGAGUAUGCCGGUAUUUCCGUUUCUACAAUCGAGAUGUUGCCAUGGUGUUGCACUGCAGAGCACUGGCCUCAGGAGAGGCUGGUGUGGAUGACCUGCACCCAGAAAUCCAUGCUCUCCUACAGAGUUCUGAGCUGCUUGAGGAAGAAGACUCUGGUGUUCCUCUGCGGAAAGUCCAAAGCACUUCAAGUUUGGAUAGCCAGUCCUUUGUGAUGGUGCCCCCCAAUGAUAAAGUGGUGACUGAUCUGGAAACUCUGACCAGCAAAUGCCUCCAUGGGAAAAACUACUGCCGGCAGGUCCUCUGUCUGUAUGAACUUGCCAAGGAGUUGGGCUGUUCCUACUCUGAUAUUGCCACCCAGGAUAGUGAGACCGUGCUUCGGGCAAUCUUGGCCUCUCAGCAGCCCGACCGGUGCAAGCGAGCCCAGGCCUUCAUCAGUACCCAGGGUCUCAAGCCGGAAACUGUGGCUGAACUAGUGGCUGAAGAGGUGACACGCGAGCUGCUGACCCCAUCGGAGGGAACAGGACAUAAGCUGAUGUUCAGCCCUGCAGAAGACAGCCAGGCAUCUCUCCAGCUGACCAUGCUAUGUCAGGAUCAGACACUAGUAGGCAUGAAGUUGUUGGACAAGAUCUCCUCCGUUCCCCAUGGGGAACUGUCUUGCACCACAGAGCUGCUGAUUCUGGCCCAUCAUUGCUUCACCCUGACAUGUCACAUGGAGGGCAUCAUCCGAGUGCUACAGGCUGCCCGGCUGCUCACAGACAACCACUUAGCCCCCAAUGAAGAGUACGGACUGCUGGUUCGCCUCCUCACUGGCAUUGGAAGGUACAAUGAGAUGACCUACAUCUUUGACUUGCUGCAUCAAAAGCACUACUUCGAGGUGCUGAUGAGGAAGAAAUUGGAUCCGAGUGGUACCCUGAAGACAGCACUGCUUGACUACAUCAAACGCUGCCGCCCUGGAGACAGCGAGAAACACAACAUGAUUGCCCUGUGCUUCAGCAUGUGCAGGGAGAUUGGCGAGAACCACGAGGCAGCUGCCUGCGUCCAACUGAAACUGAUUGAGUCUCAGGCCUGGGAGGAGAGCCUUAAGGAUGGGCACAAGCUGAAACAGCUGCUGCUGAAAGCCUUGACACUAAUGUUGGACGCUGCAGAGAGUUAUGCCAAGGACUUGUGUGUGAGACAAGCCCUGCGCUGUCGCCAGCUCACCAAGUUGAUAACACUGCAGAUUCACUUUCUCAACACCGGCCAAAACACAAUGCUGAUCAACCUGGGCCGCCACAGGUUGAUGGACUGUAUCCUGACGCUCCCUCGGUUCUACCAGGCUUCCAUUGUAGCCCAGGCCUAUGACUUUGUUCCUGAUUGGGUUGAAAUUCUAUACCAACAAGUGAUUCUUAAAGGGGACUUCAAUUAUUUGGAAGAAUUUAAGCAGCAAAGGUUAUUAAGAUCCAGUAUAUUUGAAGAGAUUUCAAAAAAAUAUACACAGCAUCAGCCUACUGACAUAAUGGUGAAAAACCUUAAGAAGUUACUCACAUAUUGUGAAGAUAUCUACUUGUAUUAUAACUUGGCAUAUGAACACAAAUUUUACGAUGUUGUAAAGAUGCUUCUGAAGGACCCCCAGACAGGGUGCUGUUUAAAGGACAUGCUGGCAGCUUAGAUG